CAAAAAUGGCUAAUAAUCUGAUCGAUUGUACUACAUUUUUUGUUGAUAGCAAUAUUUUUAUAAAUAUAGGAUUAGAUCCUGAUUUUUUGUUAAAUUGCGUUAUAUGCGUCUCAAAUAAUUUGCAGUGUGUUAAAAUGAGUGUUGAAUUAUAUAAAUCUCUAAAUAUAGCUCUUAACAACAUAAAUUUUUUACUACCAUCUCAUUUACUGUUGGAGGAGUUUAAAUUGAUAUCAAUAGAAGAAUACAACGGUGACAACGUUCUCUCAAUAAAGUGUUUGCAACAGGAUCAAGAUGUGCAAUUAACUAAAGAGAAUGUUUUAAGGAUCUUGCAAUUAAGUGAUGCCAUUGAAGAAGUUAUUCAGAUGAAAAAUGUAUACACACGGUCUACUGCAUUAAAUCAGGCCAGUAAAAUUGCAAUGUAUCUUGGAAAGGAAAUGCCGUUACCCAAAGAUACAAAAAUAAACGAUGUUGAAGAUUAUUUGACCCGUAUCAAUGUCCAAGAAUUGAAAGAACAACUUCCGUUCGCUGGUCUUUGUUUAAUAGCAGAUUUGAAGAUUAAAGCAGUCAAACAAUUGGCAAGGGGUUGGUUAUCUUCUUCGAUCGAAACUAAGCCUGAAGUCAACAGGCUGACGACGAGGGCAUUCCUAGCACGUAAAAGGGCAAAAGCAACCCGCAGAUUAAGUUUUCAUCUAUAA